UGGGUGGGUUAGCCAAAUUCUUGUAUUGUGGUAAGGAUGGUUUUUUUGAUUAAGGAGGUUUAGAUUGUUUAACUCACUUGUGGUUUGAGAUAAGCGACAAACCUGUCUACAGAUUUAAUUUGGAUGCUCAUGCUAUGACCAUGCAGGGCUUAACAGCCGGUUAUACAAGGUGUUUUUUUUCCUACAGCCCAUGUAAAUUGCUUGAAGGAAAUCGAUUAUUUGGAAUCGUAACUACAAUUAUCCAUCAAUUGUCAACAAGCGACUUCGGUACAGUAAACACGUAAAAUGUUGUGCUCCGUAAAACACUAAAAUUUUAGUGGUCAAACUAAACUUAAGUAUUUUUGAUUGGUGUUACUGGAUAUUAAAUGAAGUGUUUUAAGAGAAGUGACGGAUUAGUUGUUCAUUGAAGGCAUACCGUAGCUAAAAACAUAAAAAGCUUUAUAAUAAACAAUAAUUUAUCUGGUGUUACUGGACUAAGUCACUGAAUUCCGCAGGAAAAAAACUGCGAUUCUAACGUGGCCAGAUACAUACGUUGUCGAGGCUGUGCAGGAAACAGAAUUGUACUAUGAUUUGUACAAUUAGCGAAUUUGGUUAUUUGAGAUAUUACAAAUAGCAGUAAGAUGGAGUGCACUGCUGAAACUUCGAUUCUAGAAUUAAAAGAACAUCGAAUAUUGAGAUUUUAUUGUGAAAAAUGUCUACAAUUCGAGACGCACACUCUACUUCAAAACUCAAUAGAAGACAAAAUAAAAAUUAUUGAAUCCAAAGAUGAAAUAAUAACGUUACUUAAACAAAAACUAACGGAGUCCGAAUCAUCACGUAUACCAAUAACAACAUCAUCAUAUAGUCAAAUAGCACAAACUGAAAUAAAAAAAUCACCAAAAAUAAACAUAAAUCUUCCCGGAAUCAUUAUUAAACCAAAGCAAAAACAAACUGCCGAAAAAACUGAAAAGGAUAUAAAGGAAGCUAUAGUUCCAAAAGAUCUUCGAAUUGCCGUAAAAAAUACUAAAAAAAUAAAAGAUAGUAGUAUUCUUAUUCAAUGCUGCAAUAAGGAACAUGUUGACAUUCUAAAAAAAGAAGCAGAAUCCAAAUUAAAGAACUAUGAAGUACAAGUAACAAAAUUAAGGCUACCGAGGUUCAAAAUAAUAGGAUGUACCACCAAUCUUAGCGAAAAGGAGAUAGAGAACUCUAUAAGAAAGCAAAACAAUUUUAUUACCGAGCAAAAUAAACUUAAAAUAACAUAUAAUAAAAAAGCUAGAAAUGACAAAGGUAAAUCCAUAGUUUUUGGUGAAUGUGACCCCAUUUUAUUUAGUAAACUGAUAUAUGAAAAGAAAAUUUUCUUUGGUUGGCAAAGGUAUCCAGUAUACGAGGAUUUGAGUAUACAGCGAUGUUUUAAGUGUCAACAAUUUUACCACAAAAUUGAAAAUUGUCCUAAUGAAGCUGUAUGUGAAUUUUGCUCCAACAAACAUGAUGUAUCUGAAUGUCCGAAAUUACAAAAAAAAUGCGUCAACUGCAUUUCAGCAAACAUGAAAUACAAAAGUAAUUACAACACAGUUCAUGAAGCAAACAACCCAGAAUGUCCAUCUUAUCAGUACCAGUUGAAUCUUCUGCGAACGAAAAUAGAUUAUCAUGGGUAAUCUUAAUGGUAUGUGAACAACCUGAAAUAGUACUAUUACAAAACCUAGAAGUUCUGGAUAAUGUAUUGCAUCAGGAGACUGUCGACAGUGAAUCAAUUACAAGUAAAAUUAAUCUCAAUAAUAUUUUUUUUAAUAUUUUACAUUUUAAUAUUAGAUCUAUACAUAAGAAUUUUAAUGAACUAGUAGCAUACUUGCAAGCUUAUGAGUUAAAUUUUAGCGAUAUAAUUGUUUUGGGAGAAUCUUUUGAAAGUUAUGACAAUCAAUAUAAUAUUGACGGCUAUAAGAUGUUUUAUAAUGGAGCAAAAUAUAAUAGAAAUGAUGGUGUUGUCAUUUUUGUAAAGUCCGAUAUAACUUUUGAUAUUAAUCACGUUUUACUUAAAAAUUCAAAUGUUACACUGAGUCAGAUCAAUCUAAAAAAAGAUGCCACUACUAUCAGCGUGAUUUGCACUUACAGAACCCCUAAUACAGAUAAACGCCUUUUUUUGAAUGACCUUGGAAUUUAUUUACAAGAAUGUAAAAAAAGUGAAUUUAAUAUUUUUUUGGGUGAUAUUAACAUAAAUAUUUUAAACAAGGAUGAUGACUGCGUAAACUCAUAUCUUUCCCUUUUAAAUCAUUUCGGCUUUUUAUCAUGUGUAAACUCUCCGACAAGAAUUACCCCAGAAACAAGUACAUGUCUUGAUCACAUUUUCUUUAACAAAAAAAAUAAUAAUACGAUGCAGGUCAACUCAUAUUUACUACAUGCUGAUGUGACAGAUCACUAUCCCGUUAUGUUAAACAUAUCUAAAAAAAAUUUUAAUUGCAAUAAAAAUAAACAUAUAAUUAAAAAAAUAAAUAGACUAAAUGAACAAAUUUUCUAUAAUCUUUUACAAGAAGAAAACUGGAACACUGUCCUAUCUGAAACGGAUUCAGCCAGAGCAACAGAUAGUUUUUAUAAAAUUUUAGUAACCUAUCGCGACCAGGCCAGUUACACAAAGACGAUUCACAUAAAAGAAUAUGAAAAACGUAAACCUUGGAUAACCAAUGGUAUAAUAACCAGUAUAAAGAAAAGAGACAAAAUGAAAAAACUACUUUUGCAAACUUUUAAUGAAAAUGAUAAUCUGAUUUACAAAAAUUAUAGAAAUAACCUAAAUAAACUAAUAAAUAAAACUAAACACACAUAUUAUAAAACGGAAAUUGAAAAUGCUGGCAGUAAUCUUAAAAGAGUUUACAAAUUAAUAACAGAAGCGACUAAUGGUCAGUCAAAAAUUAAAAAAAACAUACUUCCCAUUGUAAAUAAUAAAACUAACAUCCCCUUUACGAAUAUCAAGAGUUUGGCCGAUUAUUGUAACAAUUACUUUACUAACAUUGGACUGGAAAUGUAUAACAAAAUUAAAACUAGCCAGAAUGAAAUAGAUGUAAAUACAGCCUUGUUGAAUUCAUUUUAUUUAAGUCCAGUUGAUAAUAAUGAUAUAAUUAAACAGAUUAACAAUCUUAAGAACAAUAGCUCUCCAGGGAUAGAUAACUUUACCUCUUCUUUAAUAAAAAAGACACAUUUAUUUUUAGUUCGCCCCCUCGCCCAUAUUAUUAAUUUAAUAUUCACUACGGGAAAAGUCCCUGAACAAUUUAAAAUAUCAAUUGUGUCACCUAUUUUUAAAUCCGGAGAAAAAAGUAAUAUAAAUAAUUAUCGACCAAUCAGUGUAAUAAAUAAUUUUGCUAAAGUUUUUGAGAAGUGCCUGAAAGAUAGGUUAAUGACAUUUUUGCAAAGUAAAAACUUAAUAUCGAAACGACAAUACGGUUUUCUUAGUGGGUCAAGUACAACAGAUGCCCUAUAUCAACUUACUAAACAAAUAACAGAUAAACUGGAAAAGAACAAGAAAUGUAUUACAGUAUUCCUGGAUUUGGCAAAGGCCUUUGAUACUGUGCCCUAUGAUCUUCUCUUGGAUGUUUUAUCUUCAAAUGGAGUUAGGGGCCCAGUAUUGGAGGUUUUUCAAAGUUAUUUAACUGGAAGGCAGCAAUAUUUAAAAAUUGAGGAUACAUUAAGUGAACCAUUAGAAAUAAAAAUAGGAAUACCUCAGGGAACCGUGUUAGGACCUUUACUGUUCAUUACAUAUAUUAACUCACUAACAGAAUUAAAAAUUAAAGAUGGUGCUGUUAUAUCAUACGCAGAUGAUACGGCAAUAAUUUUCUCUGGAACAACAUGGGAAAAUGUGAAAGACAGUGCAAUAAUCGGAAUACGUAAGAUAAAAAACUGGCUAGACACUUUUAAAUUAUCACUUAACAUAUCAAAAACUCACUAUAUUGCAUUUUCAUUAACUGAAGCAAACCGCCCAUCAUUUAAUUCUCUUGAUAUAGAAAACAAUACACAACAGGAUAAUAUUAUUAAAGAAGUUUACUUCACUAAAUAUUUGGGUGUUACUAUUGAUAAGCAUCUAAAAUGGAAUCACCACAUUUUAAAUCUAACCAAAAAUAUUCGAAAACUCUUACACAAAUUUUACAUUCUAAAACAAAUCUUAAGCCGGAAAUUGUUGGUUGCAGUUUAUAGGGCAUUGGUUGAGUCAUUGAUUAGAUACGGUAUUGUUGCAUGGGGUGGACUGUACCAAACUUCUUUGAAACCCUUAAAUGUGGUACAAAAUUAUAUUUUAAAAAUCAUAUUUGGGAAAAAUAAACUAUAUUCAACCAAUUUAUUGUACUCAUGUGAUAUUUUUGAUGUCCGAUCACUUUAUGUUUUGGAAGUUUGUUGCUUUGUUCAUAAAAAUCCUGAACUAAAUAUUGCUGUAACACAUACCUUUAAUACUCGCAAUAAGAUGAAUGAACACUUAAAAACUCCCAAAAGUAAUACAAAUUUAAAUAAGCGUUUUAUAAAUUAUUUUGCACCAAAAAUAUUUAAUUUAGUUCCAAAAGAUAUAAGAAAAAUAGCGAAUAAAAAAAAAUUUAAGAAAUCUUGCAGACAUUAUAUUUAUACAAAUAAUAAAAAAGUUAAAGAACUAUUUAACAGCAGUUAAAAUUAUAAAUUGGAAUUUAUAUAGGUUAGGUU